AUGGAUAUUUCGCGGCUGCAACAACACUCGUUGCACCGUCCUCCCAUUGCCCAUGGAAGGGACGUUGGUGCAGCGUCGCCCUUGGCCCUCAAACCGCAUCUUGACUCUCCCACCGGCUUGCCCUCCCCGAAUUCACUGGGCCACGGUCAGACUCUGACAUAUCCUCGCCAUCCUGCUCCUCAUGGCCAUAACCACAGUCACGGCCAACCUCACGCCCAUGCUCACGCCCAUACUCAUCAUGCUCAUGCUCAUGCUCAUGUUCACGCCCACGGCCAGAGCCCCAGCCAUAGCCAUCACCAUAGCCACAGUCACAGUCAAAGCAACGGCCAUGGUCAUGAUGAGAGUGUCGACUAUCGGGAAUUGAGCGACGAGAGAUCCCCCGUCAAUGGUGAAGAGCCUCCCAAGAAGAAACAGAAACGAAACAAGCCGACCUUGUCAUGCCAUGAGUGUGUUGAGCGAAAGACAAAGUGUGACCGUGGACGACCUCAUUGUCUUGCAUGCAUAAAGAGACAGACGGAAUGUCGAUAUGCACACGUCGCAAACCUAUUGGAGGAAACCUCGAGAUCGGCUGCCAAUGGGCGCCGCAUGACAAGACCGCCCAAGAAAAAAAAUGUCCCUGAUGGGCCUGCUACCAUUCCUAAUAUUGCCGACAGAGGCGCAAUCAACGACCAUGAAGGUUCAUCUCGUGGUGCAGCGGCUCUCUCCAUAGGCUUACUAUCCCAUGUUCCUUAUUCCGUUACCAAGGCCAGCAAUGUCUUUGGCAUUGGGUCUGAGCAUCCAUUUGCCAACUACUGGACGUGCGAAGGAGGAUUACCAGAAGUCAUCUCUGUUCUACCGGACAAAGCUCAAGCCGACAGUCUUGUUGCUCGGUACUUCGAAUGCGUGGACCCCGUGUACCCGAUGAUUCACCGUCAAACUUUUUAUGCCGACUAUGAGCACUUCUGGCGCAUGAAAACCGACGAGCGAAAUAAAAUGGACCCAUCUUUCAUUGCCUUGAUCUUUGUUAUUCUGGCCCUCGGUACGCAGUUCGUCUCGUCUACGACACCCAAAGAUCGCAAGCAGACUGCCGAGUUUUACGCGUCCGCCUCGAACCAAGCUCUCCGCAUGUUUUCGUACCUAAGUUCUGCAUCAAUACGGUCUAUACAGGCCAUGGUGCUUAUAACUUACUUUCUCAUCAAUGAUAAUCACGCGUCUGAUGGCUGGGCUUUUGCUGGCAUCUUGAUUAGACAAGCAUACGCCAUGGGUUUGCAUCGUGAUCCAAAUAUCGUAACACCCAAUGCCAAUCCUUUCGAAAAACAGCAGCGGCGAAAAGUGUGGCAGGCCGUUCUUUUACAGGACACAUUCUUGACUGUCCUUUUAUCCUUGCCGCCUUCAGCCACCCACACAGAUGUUUCUGUCGACGAUUUGCUGGACGACAGUUCAUCUAUUGCGAGCAGCGAUCCGACGGACACGGCCUAUAUCAGGGGAUCGUGGAUGCUGGCCAAUCUGGUCCAGGAAACCAUUUGUUCCCCUCGGUCAUUGGAUGUGCCUAUCUGUACAACAGUGCGGCAUAAAUCCAAACUAGUGGCGGACUUUCGGGCAGUGUAUCGGUCAUUCCCCGAUAUUUUUCGAUCCUGGGACACGGAUAGUCUGACUGCGGUGGCAAGCACCAACAAGCGCAUUGUGCGACAAACCUUAUUCUUGACCAGCAACUAUUUCCAUAACCUGAUGCUGGUGCAUGCGUCAGAAAGCCCAGAUGUGCCAGUCAACGUUCGAGGGACUCUGGAAGCAGCUCACGAUGCUAUUAGUGCUUUCUUCUUGAUGUUUAGUCUAUUGGAAUCAGAAGCCCGAGUAUGGUGGGUUUUUAAUCACCGAGCAUUCUUAGAAGCACUCUGCAUCGCCAAUGUGUUACGAGAAACAGCGAAAGAUGCAGCGGGGAAAGACAUGUUAGCCAGAGACCCCCUAUUUGUGAGAGCCAGAACUGAUAUCACGCGAAUGAUUCAAAUUAUGGAGCUCAUUGGCUCGAAUAACGAUGUUGCGAGAACGCGGGUUCAGAUCUUGAGCGAGUUUCUGGAGGACACUGACACGGCAUAG